CGCUUCCAGUCCUUUAUGUUCAGCUCCUCCACUCACUCUUCCUUCCACUCUCGCAUUGUCGUCUCCUCAUCCCCCUCUCCUCAGACUCAUCCUUGAUCUUCCCUCCCUGUUCUUGUUUUUUUUUUUUUUUUUUUUUUUUUUUUCGGUUGCAGAUCCUGGUCCUGGAUCCUCGGUACCGGACAGAUCCGUGUGCGUGUCCAGCUGUGCGUGUCUCCAGUCCCGCAGGCAGGUCGGCCAUGUUGGUGUGUGGGGGUUGAUGGAAGUUUAGGAGAAGGAAGUGGAGGCUACAAAGAGCUGGGACACUUCAGGCUCUCACUUUUUUUUUUUUUUUUUUUUUUUUUCCUGAGUGUGUGUGUUUGGUUUGAUCCCGGUCAUGUCUCUGCCGGAUCCAUCCUGUCCUCCCCGUCCGAUCCGGAUCCUCCGAAGCCUCCAUCCUUAACACUUGGAUUCAACUUCAGCACAAAACCGGACCACACAUGCCCUGGAUGGAUGAAGGGAGGAUGAAGGCGGACCGGUCCCACUUGGAAUAACUAGUCUGUUUUUUGUUUUUUUUUCUUGGAUCUGAUUCGAGGGAGAAAAUAAGAGGAAAACACCCAGAGAAGGACGAGGAUUUUUCAAGGGUGAGAUUAUGGGCUGCAUUAAGAGCAAAGAAGACAAAGGCCCCGCAAUGAAGUAUCGGCCAGAGAACUCCCCGGCGUCAGACCCCAACGCCGCUGCUGCCACACCUCACGUAGGACACUAUGGGCCGGAUCCCACCCAGCUCCAGCAGAAUCAGCCGCCCUCAUCCUCAGGGUCAGGGGCUGCGAACUUUAACCACAGCCUCACUCCGUUUGGCGGCUCCUCAUCUGUCAUGACUCCCUUUGGAGGGGCGUCGUCCUCCUUCACUGGCCCCGUGUCCAACUCAUUCUCUGGUGCUGUUUCAAGUGGUGUUACCUUCUUUGUGGCCUUGUAUGAUUAUGAAGCCAGAACAUCAGAUGAUCUGUCAUUUAAAAAAGGAGACCGCUUCCAGAUUAUCAACAACACCGAAGGAGACUGGUGGGAGGCUCGCUCCAUCAACACGGGGAAGAAAGGCUACAUCCCCAGCAAUUACGUGGCCCCUGCUGACUCCAUCCAGGCUGAAGAGUGGUACUUCGGUAAAAUGGGAAGGAAAGAUGCUGAGAGGCUAUUGCUUAUUCCUGGGAAUCACAGAGGAACGUUCCUUGUGCGAGAAAGUGAAACAACUAAAGGUGCUUAUUCUCUGUCCAUACGUGACUGGGAUGAAGCCAAAGGAGACAACGUGAAGCACUACAAGAUCCGUAAGCUCGACAGCGGGGGAUACUACAUCACAACUCGUGCUCAGUUUGACACGUUACAGAAGCUUGUCAAAAACUACACAGAACACGCAGACGGGCUUUGCCACAGGCUGACGGCGGUUUGUCCCACAGUUAAGCCUCAGACCCAGGGGCUCGCUAAAGACGCCUGGGAGAUUCCUCGAGAGUCACUGCGACUGGAGCUCAAACUGGGCCAGGGCUGCUUCGGAGAAGUCUGGAUGGGCACUUGGAACGGGACCACAAAGGUGGCCAUAAAGACGCUGAAACCCGGGACUAUGUCGCCAGAGGCCUUCCUCCAAGAGGCCCAGAUCAUGAAAAAGCUCCGACACGAUAAACUGGUGCCUCUUUACGCAGUAGUGUCAGAGGAACCCAUCUACAUCGUCACAGAGUACAUGGCCAAAGGAAGCUUGCUCGACUUCCUCAAAGAGGGUGAUGGAAAAUUCCUGAAGCUCCCCUUGCUGGUGGACAUGGCAGCGCAGAUCGCAGAUGGCAUGGCUUUUAUCGAGAGGAUGAACUACAUCCACAGGGAUCUGCGAGCGGCCAACAUCCUCGUCGGCGAGAACCUGGUUUGUAAAAUCGCAGACUUCGGUCUGGCCAGGUUGAUAGAGGACAACGAGUACACGGCCAGGCAAGGAGCUAAAUUCCCCAUCAAAUGGACGGCGCCUGAAGCUGCCCUGUACGGCCGAUUCACCAUCAAGUCAGACGUCUGGUCCUUCGGCAUCUUACUCACCGAGCUCGUCACCAAAGGCCGAGUGCCCUACCCGGGGAUGGUGAACCGUGAGGUGCUGGAACAGGUGGAGCGGGGUUACCGUAUGCCGUGCCCCCAGGGAUGCCCCGAGUCGCUCCACGAGAUGAUGAAACUCUGCUGGAAAAAGGAGCCAGAUGAGAGGCCCACCUUCGAGUACCUCCAGUCCUUCCUGGAGGACUAUUUCACGGCCACAGAGCCUCAGUACCAGCCCGGGGAGAACCUAUAGCCUCCCUGGACCCCUGAGAAGAAACUCCUUCAACACUAUAAAUAUGACUGCAGAACAGGCUGAUCAGUCAUGCAAACCACUACCUGCUUUUUAUAUGAUGUUUUAAUCAUUUCUGUUCAUCGUCCACCACCAUUUCAUGUCCUAUCCAAGUGUUUUUUUUUUUAAUUUAUGGUACUACACAAGUCAUAUCUGUGUAAGUCUUUAAGUGUAUGUACAUAAAUGGCAGACUGAAAGACAUAUUCAUUGUUUUAUUUACACUACAUGCAGAUUCUUUACAGUAUUUUACUGUAAAAUAAGCUGUGAUAAUGUCUGUGAUGAAGCAAUAGGAAAACAUACUGUUUAAUGUGGUUUUAUGUGAAUUUAUGUGGAUGCUUUAUACUCGAUUUGCAUCUAAAUUCAGAUUUUUUGUGAUAAAAUAGUAAAUUAUCCAGUAGUGUGAUUAAGCAAUAUUAGAAGAACAUGGUAAAAAAAAAACUCUCAGUGGGAUCUACUGUCAUUAUCACAGUCCAUUUGACAGUAAUUAUUUAAAGAUUAAUCCCGUAAAUCGAUUUCAGUGCAAUUGUUGUGGUCUAGAGAUUGGACCUAGUCUGCUAUGCCUUUCCAGUCUUUUAUAAUGCAUUGUUUUCUGUUUUUAUUUGAACAUCAUGCUCCUCUCAGAAUUCAUAAUCCUGCAGAGUUAUUCAUAUCACAUGGACAUGAUUUUAUAGCUUCAUUUGAAGACUUCUGUUACUGUCCAUCAUCAUCUGUAAAUCUUGGCUCAGACUUUUUUUUUUUUUUUUUUUACAUUUUACAGCAACACUAUAAUUCUUUGUGACUCUCGCUGCCUGGGUUGUGUAAAUUCACUGUUACUGCAUAGAAUUGCUUACAUAAACAGGCUUGACUGCAAGAAAACCCGAGUUAAACAGUGAUGGACUUGUGACAUUUACUGACUUCUGUUCUCUAUUAUGGUGGAAAACAAGCAAACGCCAUCAUACAUGAUAACAACUCCGUAUUCUUAAAUGUGACUGCUGAAGACUUUCAUGUGCUACGUAUGUACCAUUUGUAGGCAUCUGAUCAAAAGCAAUGUGUGUAGACAUGAUGACAGUUUUACAGUGAUUUUAUCUCCUUGCAUUUGUACCUGUCUGGACUCUUCAUGACAGUAUUAGAAUGGGAAGACUGAGCUCAACAAGAAGGGCUUUGUAUAUUACAAAAAAAAAAAAAAAAAAAUCCUCAUUUUCUAUAAUUAUUAAUUAAAUGGGCAAUAUUUUGGGAAGUGGGAGGUAUUGAGGGGAAAAAAUCUGGGGAAAUUUGUACAAUAAAGAUCAGAUUUUACACA